GUGGGUUUAUGCGGGUGACGCAGCCAAUGAAUGCAUCAAAUUGACACAGCUCUGCUGGGCCUGCACACACACACACACACAUACACGCACACACGUGAGUCAGGCCAAUUGGAACAGCAACUUUUCGACUUCAUCUAGCGACGAGGCUCAGCGUCUAGACAGCCGGGCCGAGAAACCCCAUCAGACACGACGGGCGCGUGCACACCAGCCAUGAACUCCGCUUCAUUAAGGCGGCCUCUGGCCUGCCUCAAGCACAGCCUGCGCCAGGCCCGCCAACAGAGGCUGGCUGCCCCUCGGUUCAUGGCCACCGAGGCCGCCGCAACAACAACAACUACAUCCACCCCCGGCUCCGGCUCCGGCUCCGGGCCGGCACCCCCCGGGGCCGCACUUCCGCCACACACAUACUUCGGCAUCCGCAAGGGCCGGCAAACAAACAGCUUCCGCACCGGCUUCGCCGUCUACACCCCGCCCGACUUGUCCCGGCCCCCGACGACCGACCCCAUGGCGGCCUUCGACAAGCAGCAGAUCUCGGCCAUGGACCCGACGGGCGCGCGCUCGCGCCUCUUCGACCGCCACUCGCCCGACUCGGUCAAGGUCGGCGACGUGCUCAUGGUGACGACGCGCCGGGCCGCCGAACCCUUCUCGGGCGUGUGCAUCACCAUUCGCCGCUCCGGCAUCGAGACGGCCGUGCUGCUGCGCACCGCCCUAACAAAGGUCGGCGUCGAGAUGUGGUUCAAGGUCUACAGCCGCAACGUGGUCGCCAUCGACAUCGUCCAGCGCAGGCCCAAGCGCGCCCGCCGCGCCCGCCUGACCUACAUGCGCCAGCCCAAGCACGACCGCGGCAGCGUCGAGCAGAUCGUCGCCGCCUGGCGCAAGUCGAGGAACGUGCUGCGCACCCGCGCCGGCGCCCAGGCCGCCGCCGCCAAGAAGGCGUCGGCCAAGAGCAAAAAGAAAUAAUGGCCGCGGCUUAGGAGAAACUUUCUGCGCGGGAUGAGUUUGCCAGAUCAGCCCGGAGCGGAGUACGAGAACCAGUCGUCGCCGGAUAACCUGCCAUACAACUAUGGCCAUACUUAUCGCAAGGAUUGGCUGCUCAUCUAGAUACCAAUUGAGUGUAUAACAAACAACUAGUGACAUUGUACAAAAUCAACAAAACGGUCUUGGAUAGCAAGUGCACAUGUCGCUUCAAAUCAAAUAUGGCGAGGAAAUGGGUUCAUGCAGUGCGCCCUCACACCUUUCUGUCCUUCGUAGAGCCAUCAAAUCCGUGAGACCUCAAUGUUUGUCCCACGUAACUUUGCAUACAGAACCCUCUUGAAUCUCCU